UUUAUUUUUCAUAGUAAUCAGUAAGUUUUUCCUCCAAGAUCGUAAAGUAAUUUUUGAAAAAGUUAAAAUCGGUUUAAUAGCUUAAAAAAUCGCAUAAAUUAGUACAAAUUACGGACAACUCGCGCACAAAAAUCGAAUUACGUGUGUUUAAAGUGUUAUCAGUGUAUUUGGACAAAAUACGUAAAGCGUGUGCAUUCGCAAACCCAAAGAAAAAACGUCAUCUUUGUCGAAUUGAUUCGCUGGCGACCACAACGACAUUCGCAACAAGAGAAAAAAGAAAUUAAAAAAUAAUCAUAUAAAUGACAAGUGGUUGAUUUUGGUUUACUUUUUGCAACUGUUUCCAACGCUAUUAUAAAAAGAAAAUAAAAUUGUAAAAGUGUCAGCAGUAAUACUAUAAAAAACAGCCUAAAUAAGACGCAGACAAACAAGGUUAGUGCGAAUUGGAAAGUUGUAUAUCUGUGCGAACCUCUACAUUGAAUAAUAAUGUUAAAAUAGUAUGAACAGCGUUGUGAGCAGCACAGCGCCAAGUACAACGAGCUUCAUUGACCCGAAUGGCACAGCAGCAGCCGCCAUCGCAGUUGCCGCAUCGACGAUGACCGAAUCGACCACGCUGAAACCGAGUAUCGUUGUACAAGCCAAACCAAUGCCGUCACCAAUUGAUCCGCUCAGUCACGUUGGUGAUGGAAUCUUCCUGCAAACAAAAACCGCCCAAGGACUUGCGACCGUCUUCGUGUGGGUGGCACUAUUUAUCACAUGCCAACAGAUUUAUCAACAUCUGCGUUGGUACACAAAUCCACAGGAGCAGCGCUGGAUAGUGCGCAUCCUGUUUAUUGUGCCCAUGUAUGCGACAUACUCUUGGAUCAGUUUGUUUUUCUUCAAUUCGGAUAAUGUGUAUGUGUACUUCUUUACCGUGCGCGAUUGCUACGAAGCUUUUGUCAUCUACAGUUUCCUGUCGCUGUGCUAUGAGUACCUUGGUGGCGAGGGCAAUAUCAUGUCCGAGAUACGCGGCAAACCCAUCAAGAGCUCGUGUCUGUAUGGCACCUGCUGUCUGAAGGGCAAGACGUAUACAAUCGGUUUCCUGCGCUUUUGCAAGCAAGCCACAUUGCAAUUCUGCUUGGUGAAGCCGCUGGUGGCAUUCAUUAUUAUAUUCCUGCAAGCCUUUGGCCACUACCAUGAUGGUGAUUGGAGUGCAAACGGUGGCUACAUUUACAUUACAGUUAUCUAUAAUAUAUCCGUGUCUCUUGCCCUCUACGGUCUAUAUUUAUUCUACUUCGCUACGCGUGAUUUACUCACACCGUUCGAGCCUGUCUUGAAAUUUUGUACAAUCAAAUCGGUUAUCUUCUUAUCGUUUUGGCAAGGUGUUAUGUUGGCCAUUUUGGAAAAGGCCAAGGUCAUCUCGCCAAUUGUGGACAGCGUCGGCACUGUCACUUCAGCUGGUACUGUUUCGGCGGGCUAUCAAAACUUCUUCAUUUGCAUUGAAAUGUUGUUUGCUGCGAUUGCCUUGCGCUAUGCAUUCCCCUAUCAGGUUUAUGCGCGCAGCUGUAUUGCCGAUGGUCAAGGUCGCUCUGUUACCAUGCAAUCAAUUUCAAGCAGUCUUAAAGAAACUAUGAAUCCCAAGGAUAUUAUGACAGAUGCUAUACACAAUUUCCAUCCACAAUACCAACAGUACACGCAAUACAGUUCCGGUGGUAAAAAUUCACGUGGUAUACGCGUCUCCUCCUACGAUCCGGACGAACCGAAUGCCACACAUCACGGCAAUAGCAACAACACAGGCGGCAAUAGCGGCACAAUGAGCAGUUUGGGCAACACCAGCCAAGGCACACCAGGUGGCAGCAUCGCCGGCUGCAUCGCAUCGAAAACCUUGGGCAAUCAACGGAAAUUCAUGCCCGGCGGCCAACGGGUCGCCACCAUCAGCCAGAACUAUAACGAGAAGACGAUGCUGCUGAGCAGCGAUGAUGAGUACCAGUAAACGAGGCCGGAUCGUGGUGUCGUCGAGAAGUGAGUAAUGGAAGCGAGCCGCCCUAACAGCACUUUUUAAAUACAAUAAGAACUCACUGAUUACACCGAAGCAACAGGUGGAAGAACCGUUUAGGCUUUGGACGUGUGUUGGCGUUUUGAUUGUAAUCUUCUUAAUUUGCUGUUUAUUUUGAGUUUUUGAUGUGAAAUUGUUGCCAGAAAUUAGCUACGAUUGCCGUAAUAGUGGCUGUAGGUGAAUUUUAUAGAAAAGUAGAAGAAUAUUGUUUUUGUUUUUGCAAAUAUAGGGCUUUGUAAAAAUUAAUUUUUAAUUUUUAUUGCGCAAUUAAUUUUUGUAUUUCUAUCAAAAGUGUGUAGUACCAGUACAAAUAAUUACGAUUAUGCAUAGAGGAAAACGUUUUAAAUGCCAGACAGAGCAGCUAAGGUGCUAUUUAUAAAUUUCAUAACAUUUUUACUAGAAAAUAUGCAAUUUUAUGCCACAUUUUCCAUUUGUUGAACCAUAAGUGAGGUUAUGUUAUUAUCUUUUAUUUAUAACUGUUUUAGUUACGUUAUUUAUUACAAAUUGCUAAUGCAGAACUGAACUGCCGUUGUUUACUUUGUGCUUUUAGCAAAUCUCAGUCGCACAGAUACUUAUGUAAUUAUUGUAUGUAUGUAUGUAUACAUAAGCUAGCAAAAUAUGUAAUCCUUUGAGGUGAACUUGGCGCGCUUCUCUACAGCAAAACCAACAAAUGUCCAAAAUUGUUUCUAUUAUUGUAACAUUAUUAACAACAAAUAUUAUGUAAUAUUAUUAAUGUACGUCGUAUGUAUGUACAAUCGUAAAGCACGCAUCCGUCGUUCGGUGGUCGUGUGUGAGUGUGUAUUUUAAAAUAAAAUUAUAUUGCAAAUGAAAAUAAAUACAAAUCCACAAUAAUGCUUUGCAUUAGAAUUUUAAGCGAAUUACGGAUUGUAAUAUUCAAAAAAGUAGUGGCAGGGGCAGAGUACACUGUGGGUACUUGUAGAGAGUGACAAGUUGUAUUUGAGUAGAAGAGGAGAGCGGAAACGGUUAGAUAUAAGAACUUUUCAAAAAUCUAGAUAAAGCACUGAAAUGUAAGAAAGUAGUAUAUUAACUGAACUGAAGAGUGAUGAGAAAAGAGGAAAUCAAAAUAAAAAAAUGUGAACUCAUAUUUAACAAAAUAAUAUUUAUUUAAAUAAUGUAUGUAGUUGUUUUUUAACUUAUAAAGAUUUUUAAACAAAUUUAUUUCAUUUAUUUUUGAAAAGUGAGAAAAUUAAAAUUAAAUAUUAUUUAUUUAUUUAAACAAAUUAAUUUAUUUAUAACAGUUUGACUUAAUAUUUAAAUGUUUUUAUUUUUAUUUCUUUAUCACUUUUUAAUUUCAAACUUUAUUUUUAGUAAUUUUUUUAAGUUUUUUGAUAAUUUUUGUUUUAUACCUUAAUAAAUUUUUAUUUCUUAAAUUUAGUAUUUAAUCUGUUAAAAAAAGCGUAUAAGCGUUUUCAUUAUUUUUCAAAUCUAGUUUAGUUUUGCAUACGUGUAAAAAUGCAAAUAUACACAGUUACCACUAUAAAUUUAAAACUAAUUUUACUUUUUAUUACAAGUAUAAUAUGAGUAUCUAAGCCGCCAGCUGGUUGCUCCGUUCCCCAACUAUUUUUAUAUGAGAAAUUAAUAUUACAAAUUAAAUGAAAUAUUGUACAGUUCUGAAAAAAAUUACAUCCAGUCCUCUUACGCGCUUCUCGUUCAGUUAAUUACAGCGCAGAGAAUUUAAUUAUGUUAAAUUAUUAAAAUGAAUCAAUUACUUUUUUCCUGUAAAGAAAAUUUGUAUAAAAAUGUAUUAAAAUAAAAUAAAAUAAAAAUAUUAAAAAUAAAAACCUGAAAUAAAUUAAUAACACUAUAUGUAUGUAAGUUUAUCAAAAAAGGUAUCCAUACAUACAUAUGUACGAACAUUGUGUGAAAUUGUAGACCAUUUAUUCGCUUAAAAGCAGACGGGUGAAAAUAAAAUCAUUUUCGAAAGAUUUCUAAGAUA